UCUACUAGUUGACUUUCGGCAAGUAAAAGUCUUGUCGAGGAGAAAUGGAUGAGAGUAUGGAGACGCGGGUCAAGGAGUCUCUGCGGCAGCUGCCGAUGACUCAGCAACAGUCAGAGGCCAUGUCGCGACUCCCAGACGAGUCCAACAUCUACGAUUAUAUCGCUGUUACGGGAAUCCGAGUCGACCAGGUUGAACCCGGACUCGUCGUCUCCACUUUCAAGGUCCCUUCCCGCCUCACCGACGGAGCUGGGAAUUUGUCCAAUGGCGCAAUUGCGAACAUUGUUGAUAUAGUAGCUCAUUCUCCGAUUUACGUUGUGGGUCAACCUGCGAAUGUCUCAGUCGACAUCUCCAUCUCAUAUGUGUCAACUGCAAAGGUCAAUGAUGAGUUGGAGAUCACCUCGACAGUGUUGGGACAAAGGGGACGUUACUCUGCAAUACUUGUGUGCCUGAAAAACAAAGCAACUGGGGAGAUCAUUGCUGAAGGUCGGCAUUCGAUGUUUCUUUCAAAAGUUGUUCCCAAGCUAUGAUUCUCCCUAGUUCUUUCCACAGACAGACGCUUAUAUAGAGGAACUUUAAAUGAUGGGACUUCUUGUGUAAGAAUAAGCAUUCAGUCCCAUUAGGUUAGACGUGUGUAAUUAGCAAUCAUCAGCGAUGAAGAUAAAGCAUCUGACCUUGAUGUGUCAUUAAGGAACAUGGAGGAUUGGAGGUCAUUGCUGAAGGUUUACACAGACCACUCUUUCUCUGGUUGACAUUGAACAUGGUACAUAUCUGCGUACCCGAGUUGACAUUGAACCCCAAUAUAGUUCUUCUUUUCUUCUGUUCUUUUCUGUAGU